ACGGCUCAUCUCCAGCAUCAAUCAUUACCAUCUUCACAAUCUGGCCACCAAGACAGCUCGGGUCAAUAUCCCACAUUACCACGCUCGCUAAAUUUCGUCCGAGAUCCGGUCUAGUACAGCCACCAAGCCACAGCCACUUACCAAGAUGCGUGUCCUCUGUCUCCACGGCAUGGGCACCAAUUCGGGCAUCUUUGAGGCCCAGACAGAGAUGUUUCGAUCUCUUCUCCCUCAUCAUUUCGAGUAUGAGUUUUUCGAUGCCGACCAUGAGUACCCAGCGGCCGAAGGGGUUGGCGAGAUCUUCCCAGGCCCAUACUAUGCCUUCUACCCCGUGCCGACAACGGACAAUGUGGCAGGUGCCCACCAGUAUGUACAAGAAAUUCUCGAUGAAGAAGGACCUUUUGAUGCCGUAAUGGGCUUCAGUCAGGGUGCUGCACUGGCAGCCUCCAUACUACUCCGACACGAGAAAGAGAAGCCGCUUGAGCCAGCCCCAUUCCGUCUGGCAAUUUUCAUUUGUGGUAGUCUGCCUUACUGGUUUGAAUCCAAUCAAGGGGUAAAUGUUGCCGGUCUCUUCCUGCAGCCCUCCGACACAGGGUUUGGGCCACCAGUAGGCAUUACUUACCAACCUUCAAGAGACGACGGGAGCGCCGAAGCCAAGCCGAUGGCUGGAAGCGCGAAGAUGAGGUCCGGAAAAGGCACAGCUGAGAGUGCCGCCCUUGAAAUGGGCUUUAAACUUGCGACACUGGACGAAGGGAAAUGGAGCAGCACGGUCGUCGUGGCGGAAUUGCCCGGCUCUUCCGGCAGCAGUGACUAUGAUGGUGACGACAGCCCAGCAGUGUUCUCCCCGAUGGACAGCAGCGCUGCCAGUCAGAGCUCAUUCAGCUCCCCAGAUGAUUCGGACGAUGAAGAGUUUGAUUGGGGGACGAAACCGACAGAAAUUGCUGCUGCUGCUGGGGAUCACAUCGUGCGGAGGUUGCACCCAUCUGUCGACAAAUUGCGCAUUGGCAUCCCGACUGCCCAUAUAUAUGGCAGCACGGACCCCUAUUACCGUCAGAGUCUUGGACUGGCAGGCCUGUGUGAGUCAAAGUGGGCGUCUACUUACGAGCAUCCUGACGGGCACAUUGUUCCACGAGACAAGAGCGUCAACGUGAAGAUUGCAGCGACGAUUGAACGUACGCUUAAAAUGGUCGACGCGCUCUCAAGAUAACGAGGUUGUCGACUGACUUUUUCUGCUUCGUGGUGUGAUGAGGUCAAGCUGCGUCAGUCUGCUUGGUUCUAGGCCCAGCUGCUUUCUUAUCUAUACCCAUCCGCACGGACGGUGGGAUGGCAAGAUCGAUCGGACCGAAUUGCUUCAUGCCGGACCACACACCUCGUCGUGUUGUACGGGCCUUUUGUACGAUCCACUCUGCCGUGGAGCUGCGGAUGGAAGAUGAUGUGAAAACUAUGACUGAUUGUCUUAGGGUCAGAUGGUCAAAUAUUUGUUGUUCUGCUCGGGGAGAAUAUCGGUGCUGACUUUCCAGGUUGUGCGGGCUAUUUGGAAUCUGGGAGGGGAAUGGGAGAACCGUUUCACAGAAAGGCCUGAUUACUUCUAGAGAUAGAGUUCGCCAAGUCAAAGUCGAAACGAGGACUGUUUAGAUCGCGAUAUAUGUGG